AUGCGAUGUAUAGCUGCUAAUCGAUCUGUCCUAACAGUACUAGAUCAAAAUGCUACACUUCCCGAUUUUAACGAUAAUAAUCAAACGGCGAUGACCAAUGAUAUCGAAUGUAUGGAUAUUAUUCAAUUUGCUGAUGGAUGGUAUUCAUAUCCUGACCUGAAUACAUUUAAUAGUGACUUACUGCUUGAUACACUUACAAUUCGACAUAUUAAACCAUCAAAAGCCGUAUCUCCUUGGAAUGUGAGAGCGGAGAAUCCUACUGUUAUUCCACUUACUGAAAUUGCAACGCGUCAACUUGAGGCACUCUUCAAUCUCUCUCAAUUGCUUUUUGGAUUAGCUCGAGCUGAACAAUCAAAUUACACAUUUCGAGAUCUACAAUUAGGUCAACAACCACAACGUUUUCGCGAAGCUGGAUUCAAUAAAUUUCCAAAUAAUAAUAAUAGACCUAUAGAUUUCUUUGCUAUUUUUCAACUUGUCGUUAAUGAUGUUGUCAAAUCCGGUGCUAUUGAUAUUGUUUUUAUGAUGUACAAAGAUUCUCGUAUUCGAUGUGUUAAACAAAAAUGUCUUGAUUUAUUAAGUAAUGUUGCCACUAUACCAGAAGUUGCACGUCUUAUUCUUGAUCGUCAUUCGGAUUUUCUUAUUCAACUCGUGCAAGGAAUUCGUGAUGGACAUUUAAUUGAAGAAAAAAUUCCAUCAUUAUCUGUUCUUUUACGUCUAUGUAAAGUAAUUGUUAAUAAAAAUCUACUCGAUUCAUAUCAAAGUUUAAUUGAUAUGCAAUUUAUUGAUAUUAUCAUUGAUCUAUUUGAUACCAGUGAAUAUAAAUAUAUAGAUUCUGUUGUUUAUUUUAUUAAAUUUGAAUCACUUGCUUUACAAUGUCUUAAUAUAAUGUUACAAUGUGCUGAACAUGUUGAUAUGUGGUCAGAAAAAGCACAAAUUCGUUUAGUAAAUUAUUGUUGUACAUUAUUACAUAAAUCUGUAUUAGACGAUGAACAGAAAUAUAAUCAUCAUCAUCAUAAUAAUAAUAAUAAUAAUCAAAACAAAACUGAAAUAAAUCAUCUUAUCUAUGCUGAGCAGCAUUCAAUAAUUCAUUCAUUAAGUUAUGCAACUUUAACAUUUUUAAGUGUUGUUCGAUGUCGAAAAGAAAUAGGAAUAUUUUAUCGUGAAAAUGAACAUUUUAGAGAAUUACUUAGUGCAAUGAGACAUAAAUAUGGACCACGAAGUGAAUUUAUAUCUCGUGAUCCAUCCAUAUCGAAUGCACUCAAUCAAAUUGCUACGAUUCUAUUUGAACGACAUCAACGAAAGAAAAAACUACGAUAUCAUUAUUAUCAACAACAAUCAAAAGAAUAUGUGAAACAAUAUUCGUAUGGUCAAGAUGAAGACGAGGAUCAAGAUGAAAAUCGACAAUAUCGAAAAUGUUCGAAUUCUUUAUGUCAAAUGAUUGAAAAUGAUCAAGUAACAUUUCAAACUUGUCCACAUUGCCAUAAAUUAACAUAUUGUAGUCAAUAUUGUCGUGAAGUUCAUUGGACACUUAAUCACAAUUUAUCAUGUCGAUCGAUUAAUAAUUAUAUUAGAAAGGAAGAUUCAACUGUGUUAUAUACAAACAAUCGAUGCUAUGAAACAUUACCAGCACCCUAUCAAGAUAAUAAUACAUUGUCGAUGCUUCACAGCUCGACAUUCGAAACUUUGCCCGUACAGAUAUCCCAGCCAGUCAUUCAACCAACAGUUGAGAUUACACAUGAACUGUGUUAUCCAUCAUCAGCUUCUACAACUACCAAAAAGAAGUCGUUCAAAACUCUAUUAUCACUUCUUCGUUUUGGCAGUAAACGACGAUGA